AUGCACCUACCAGAACACAAUAAUGGGUCAUUAGAAGACAUUACACCCAAUGAACUAAACGCUAUACAGCGUAUGCACCAACCAGAACGCAGUAAUGGGCCAUUAGAAGACACUACACCAGAUGAACUAAACGCUAUACAACGUAUGCACCGACCAGAACACAGUAAUGGGCCAUUAGAAGACACUACACCCAAUGAAGUAAACAUUAAACAACGUAUGCACCUACCAGAACACAUAGUAAUGGACAUUAUACCCAAUGAACUGAACGUUAAACAAG